ACAGAACAUAAUUGUUUCAGUUAUAAUGAAGAAUCGAAAAUUUUCAUAUCUAACGGUAAAUAAUUCGCACUUGAACGCAAUGCUGAACACUAGCGACGUAAGUGAAUAUCUCAAAAUUUCCCCAAAUGGUCUGGAAGCUCGAUGUGACGCCUACUCAUUCGAAAGUGUAAGAUGCACGGCCCAGGCUGAUUCAGGUGUCUGGUAUUACGAAGUAUGCAUUAUCACUCCAGGUGUUAUGCAGAUCGGUUGGGCCACUAAGGAGAGCAAUUUCUUGAAUCAUGAUGGGUAUGGAAUUGGGGACGAUAAAUAUUCGUUAGCUUAUGACGGAUGCAGAAAGCUGAUCUGGUACAACGCCAAAUCGGAACCGCAGCAGUUGCCUCGAUGGCAACCUGGUGAUACGCUUGGUUGCCUUCUUGACAUGGAUAACCAGCAAAUAAUUUUUUCGGUGAAUGGAAAAGAAAUACCGCCUUGCACUCACGUUUUUAGCAUGGCCAAAUCCGGAUUCUUUGCAGCCGCAAGCUUCAUGUCAUUCCAACAGUGCCAUUUUAACUUUGGUACCGAACCAUUUAAAUUUCCACCGAACUUGGAGUUUUCAAACUUUAAUGAUUGUGGUGUAUUGGAGCCUGAAAGUAAGAAGGUAAUGCCACGUCACAUUUAUCUGGACCAACUAAGACAGCAGAGCGUUAGAGAGGAUAGUUGCACCUUGUGCUACGACAAAAAGGCCUCUGUGCGGCUUAUUCCCUGUGAACACGAAGGAUUUUGCACGUCUUGCGUUAGUCAACUGACCGAAUGUCCCAUGUGCAGAUCAGCAAUACAUCUUGUUGUAGACGAUAAUACGUAACAUCGAUUGUUAUUUCUCUAUAACGUUUUUUUGCCGCCAAUGUUAAAUAAUUUUCUAUAGACUGUAUUGUUGUUGGCAUAGCAGUUUAAAAUAUUUACUAUUGCAUUUAUUUGUUUAAAGUUGUAUCUGUGUAUAUCAUAUGUAAAUUAACAACUAUCUCUGUCCCACAUUGAAAAUUUAGAAGAGAAUUCGGUCAAAAAUAUGGGCGUUACGUUUUUUGUAUAUACCUUUUAUUAAAUUUUGAAACUUAUGGAUUAAGGGCUACAAAAAGUUGAUAUUUUAUAUUAAAGCAGAAAGAAAUAUAUCAGUCUUUUAAAGACUCUAAAUAUACGAAAAUUCACUAUUUGUCUUUAUGGAAUGCCAAACUAUUGUAACGCUUUUAAUGUGUAUUUAUACUAUUCAGAUUUUCUAUAAAGAGUAUUAAUUAUUUUAUUGUAAAUGAGCCUAAGAUGUAUAUGUAUAUUAAAAUGUAUGUAUGUUUAGUUAUUGUAAAUUACCUUAUAAG